AUGGCUCGAUUCUCUCGACAAGACAAAGUUCAAAAAACGACCAACGAACAGCUAGCUGCUUUGGUCGCAGCACUCACAGCUCCUGACGGCCAGACGAGCCGUCCCCAACUGAUACGCCGUCUCCUCUUCAACAAAAACCCUACGGCGAUGGGCGGCAACCACGUCUCAGACGACUCAAAACCUAACGAACCCCUCCCCGCCGACGCUCCCCAGAUAGGACCAGAUCUCGCGACCAUACGCGAUAUCGCCGAGCUCAAACUCGGCUUUCAGCAAAUGAGCUCGAAGAUCCAUCAAGCUACUAGUGCAGCCCCGCAAAUCGAGAGUGUACUCGCCGCAACCUCACGAACCCCUUUCACCAGUGCACUAAACAACGUGCAGCUCAAAAAGAUAGAGAAGUUGCCCCUACCGGAGUACAAACCCGGCGGAGACCCCGUCGAACACAUGAAAGCUUUCAACAUUGCGAUGGCACGGGCUCGUCUCUCCGAUGAAGAAAGGGACGCUGGCUACUGUAAACUGUUCGUCGAGACUCUCCACGAGCAAGCCCUGACCUGGUUCUCCCAACUCGAAGAGAACUCGAUUAGUAGUUUCCGUGACCUAUCAGCGGCAUUCCUCAAGAUAUACAUUAUGUUCACAAAGCGCACCGCUACUGCUUCCAUUCUAUGGAACCUGUCCCAAACUAAAGAUCAGAGCCUCCGCGACUACAUGGAAAAGUUCAAAGCAGUGGUCUCAAGGGUCGCGAUCCCAGACGACAUCGCCAUCGAUUCCCUGAUGAACACCUUGUGGUUCCGCUCCAAAUUCCGUGAGGACUUAUACCAGAAUCCAACCACCUCUCUCCAAGACGCUAUCGCUCGCUCUCACAAUUUCAUCCGAAUGGAAGAAGAUACAAAGGCAAUCAUCAGAAAGAUGAACGCGGCAAAAACUUCUGCGACAAAAAACGCCGACACUCGGGCAGAACCGCGUCAGCAUGCCUCUAGCGACAAAAACAGCCGUAAAGACGGUGACAUGUAUAUCGUCAACGAAAACAACGUACCGAUUUCGACCAUGGUGGUCCGAGGAGAAGGGUGGAACAAAUGGGUCAGAGAGCUCCACUCGCCUGACGAUCCAACUAACGCUGUCUGCAGGACUCAACCUGUAAUAGCAGCAGGUCCAACGGCGGGCCCUUCCAGAACCGUCGAUCUCUCCAAACACUGA